ACACGCACACACGCGCACACACACACACACACACACACACACACACACACACACACACACACACACAAAGAGAAGAAAAGAAAAAAAAAGCCACCCACUCACGUUCAAGUUUUAUGCUGUCAGAAGGAACCAAAAUGGAUGAGCUCGAUUUGCUGUUAGAGGAGCUGGCCCUGAAUCCAGCGGGUUCAGACAGCGUCCCCGAGAAAAAGAGCAACGAUACAACAAAAAGAGAAGUGCCAAGUGAAGUUUGUAUUGGAAAUACCAAAAAUGGAAAAGUCUCAAACUCCUCAAAUGUGUACAGUGAUGUUCCAACUCCCGUGCCAGCUUUUGUGGAACCUGACUCACCGACUCAGGAGCUGGACUUAAUCUUGCAAGACCUGAUGGGUCUAGCUCAAGGGGAUCUAGAACCUCCAACCGACCCACCACCACUUACACAAAAAAAGCAAACAGAAGGUGGAAAACAGGAGAGCAGCAGCAGCAGCAGCAGCAGCAACACUCCAGCGGCUUCAGAUGGAAAAGCCACAACGCAAAGAAAGAAAACAGAUAUGAUAGAUGACCUGCUGGGAGGGUUGAGCACUGACUUGGAGAAGAUCGGUGUACGGACCACAGCCAAGGGCCACUGUGCUUCCUGCAACAAAUGCAUUGUAGGAAAGAUGAUCACAGCACUGGGUGAAGUGUGGCACCCUGAACACUUUGUGUGUGCGGUGUGUAAGAUGGAGCUGAGCACCACAGGCUUCUUUGAGAGAGACGGACGGCCGUACUGUGACAAAGACUACCAUCAGCUCUUCUCACCACGCUGUGCCUAUUGCAAGGGGCCUAUUAUGCAGAACAUCGUGACAGCUCUGGACCAGACCUGGCACCCAGAGCACUUCUUCUGUGCACACUGCGGAGGCUUGUUUGGAACGGAAGGUUUCCUAGAGAAGGAUGGGAAGCCAUAUUGUUGUAAGGACUUCUACCACCUCUUUGCUCCAAAGUGCUCAGGCUGUGGGGAGUCGGUGCGGGAGAAUUACCUGACUGCAGCCAAUGGCACCUGGCAUCCAGAGUGCUUCGUCUGCGCAGACUGCCUGAAGCCCUUCACUGAUGGAAGUUUCAUGGAGCUCAAUGGUCGUCCCCUCUGCUCGCUUCACUUUCACUCCAGGCAAGGCACUCUGUGCGGUGGCUGCGGAAAGCCCAUCAUCGGCCGCUGCAUCUCUGCUAUGGAUCGCAAGUUUCACCCCGAGCACUUUGUGUGUGCCUUUUGUCUGCGGCAGCUCAGCCAGGGCAUCUUCAAGGAGCAGAAAGGGAAACCAUACUGCUCAGCUUGCUUUGACAAACUCUUUGUCUGAGAUUUGCACAUGAGUGAGAUGUAAAAAUUACAAAACAACAACAACAACAAAACAUUCAAAUGCUACAUUACUAUCUUUGUUGAGUUUAGACGGUCUCGUCUGUGUAUGAAUGACAAAAUAAAAUGAAGCAACUGUACAGUCCCUACAUUACAAUUCAUUGCUCUAUUUGUAUAUACAAAUUCUCAGUAGAUCAUAUUUAAAAACCAAUAUGGUGAAUUACAUGAUAAAUAGCAUGUAACCGUAAGAAAAACAUACAUUGAUCAUGGAUUAUAUGAAGGGAACAUGCUCACAUUGUUACAUAAUUAAUUAGAUGGUUAUGAAAAAUACAAAUUUUCCCCAUUAUAAAAAUAAAUGUGAGGACUGAAUGGUUUUAAAAGGUGUAUUGCUUGGUGUAAAAUUUAUGGGAUUUCAUACAUCAUGAUGACAAAAUUUAUAGGUGAAGUAAGAAUAACACAUAUGUGCUGUUUUAGUCCACGCUUUCCAUUAAACUAUCCUUAGUUUGCCGUAAGACUUGGCAGUCCAGAUAUGCUCUCUCGCAGUCAAGGUGUUUGUCUUUGUGGCCCGAUAGCUUGUAUUGGCAGUGACUGGCAUUGAAUCAGCAUGCCAGCCCGAGUUUCCUCUUACCCUGACUGACCACUUGGCCUCUGGCGUGCACUGAAUUCAGACAACCUCUUCAUUUUCCACACAGGCUCUUUUACAGCUGUGCACAGAAGAUUAAUAGAGGUGGUGAGGUUAACAAAGGUGGUUUCAGAAAGAGCUCCUUCACAUCACUGCAUCUCUUUAGAAACUCAUUUUGACUGCUGAGGGAUGACAAAACCACAAAGUGUUUUAAUGCUUUUUAGGCUGUCGAUGUAUUUGGGCUCAUUUUGUUAUGGGCAGAUGGUGCAGAUGAUACGUGACGGUGAAGCAUUUGCAGCCCAGUUGGGAUGUACUGUUGUUCUAAUAGAAGACAGAUUUCUUUCAUGUGAAUAUUGUAAUCAGUUCUAUAGAAUCACAUCAUGACAAAGUUUUGACUAAGCUUUUGAAUCUCUAUCACAACAUAUGUAUUUAAAUAUAUUCAUUUCUUCUUUGUCUAAUUA